AAAAGAAGAUUGAAUGCAGAUAUUCGUGAAAACCCUAACAGGGAAAACCAUAGCCCUUGAUGUUGAAAGCAGAGACACUAUUGACUACGUCAAGACCAAAAUUCAGGACAAAGAAGGUAUCCCACCAGACCAGCAACGUUUGAUUUUUGCCGGAAAACAGCUUGAAGAUGGUCGCACUCUUGCUGAUUACAAUAUCCAAAAAGAAUCGACUCUCCAUUUGGUGUUGAGACUUAGGGGAGGAUUCAGGGGUGGUUGGUAUAACCGGAUUGAACCUAACUUGUUUGCUUUGGCUCGGAAGUAUCGCGAAAACAAGAAAGUUUGCCGCAAGUGUUAUGCUCGUCUCUCCCCAAGUGCAACCAACUGCAGGAAGUGCCACAGCAACCAAUUGAGACCGAAGAAACAAUAUUGGCGGCAGAGGAGCUAA